AUGGGGCUGCCGCGCUGGCUGCCUCUGCUGGCGCAGCUGGUGGCACUGCUGUCGGCAGGGCCGCGGGCCCGGGAGCCCAUCAGGGUGUUCGUGGUGCCGCACAGCCACAUGGACGUGGGCUGGCUCUACACGGUGCAGGAGAGCAUGCGGGUCUACGCGGCCAGCGUGUACACGACGGUGGUGCGGGAGCUGGCGCUGGGGGAGCACCGGCGCUUCAUCGCCGCCGAGCAGGAGUUCUUCCGGCUGUGGUGGGACCGGACGGCCUCCCGGGUGCAGAAGCUCCAGGUCCGCGAGCUGCUGGCCCAGGGGCGCCUGGAGUUUGUGAGCGGAGGCCAGGUCAUGCCCGACGAGGCGGUGACCCACUUCGACGACCAGAUCCUGCAGCUCACAGAAGGACACGGCUUCCUGUACGAGACCUUCGGGAUCCGGCCACGGGUCUCCUGGCAGGUGGAUGCGUUCGGCGCCUCUGCCACCACGCCCACCCUGUUCGCCCUGGCGGGGUUCAAUGCCCACGUCAUCUCCCGGAUCGACUACGAGGUCAAGAAUGCCAUGGCAGACACUAAGGAGAUGCAGUUCGUGUGGCGCGGGUCCCGGUCGCUGGCGGAGCAGCAGGAGAUCUUCACGCACGUCCUGGACUAUAGCUACUGCAUGGAGGGCUAUUCCUGGGAAGGCGUGGCCCCGUUCCCAGCACGCCUCCAGAGUGUGGCGUUCGUGAGCCCCAGCGACCCCCCCGUCACCAUGCGCAACAUCAAGUCGUACCUGGAGAGCUUUGUGUCGAGCGUGCAGAAGCGGGCCAGCCUGAUGGACAUGGCCCGUGUCCUGCCGCAGGGCUGUGACCGGUCGUUCUUCAAAGCGGGCAUACAGUUCGCCAACAUGGACCUCCUGCUGAGCUUCGUCAACACGCACUCCGCCCAGACGGGCAUCACGGCGGAGUACGCCACCCUGAGCACCUACCUCCGCGCCGUGCACGCCUACAACGCCACCUGGCACGUCCGCGGCCACCAGGACUUCCUGCCCUACACCUCAGAGGAGUCGCAGGUGUGGACGGGCUUCUACGCCUCCCGCAGCCGGCUCAAGGGGCUGGCGCGGCGGGCCAGCGCGCUGCUGCACGCGGGCGAGUCCAUGUUCACGCGCUGCAUGUGGCCGCGCCCCCCGCGCCGCCUGGACCCCGGCUGGGCCCUGAGGCAGCUCCGGAAGCUCCGCUGGGCCGUCUCCGAGGUGCAGCACCACGACGGCAUCACGGGGACGCAGGCCGUGCAGGUGCGGGACAUGUCCAUGGAGCACCUGAGCGCGGGGGUGCGGGCCGUGCUCCGGCUGGUGGCCGCCAUCGUCCUGGACCGGCCCCCGGACUCCCCAGGUGCGAGGCCGCGGGGCUCCGAGCCCGAGGGACACCUGGCCGCGGUCUACAACCCCCUGGCCUGGCCGGUCACCGCUCUGAUCACACUGACCGUGAGCUUUCCCCACGUCAAUGUCACCGACGAGUCAGGCCGGCCGGCGGAGGCCCAGGUCCAGAGAUCGAAGAAGAUCCCCGAUAAAUAUGACGUGUAUGUGCUGACCACAAUCCAGGGCCUCAGCUACCGGUACUACAGCAUCAGGCCCGCCGAGCAGGCCCCGGAUGGCAAACAGGCAUCAGGUGCCUCCAUGACAGUCACCUCCAAGCUUGGCCUCAAGCCGAGAAGACCACGCACCAGGCCCAGGGGCCAGAACCUGGUGUCCGUGUCCAACGACUGCUACACUGUCUUCCUGGACCGGGACACCAACCUGAUGCACAGCAUCUGGGAGAGAUGGAGCAACCGGACGGUGGGCGUGACGCAGGAGUUCCUGGAGUACCCGGUCAGCGGCACCCUGAGUGACGGCCCCGUCUCCGACAACUACGUGUUUCUGCCUAAGGGGCCCGCGGGCCCGGCGUGGGAGGCGGUGAGCCUGGAGAUCGAGCGCGGGCGCCUCCUGACGGAGAUCCGGCAGCACUUCUACAGGACGCUGGGCGCCAAAGAGCCCACCUACGUCAUCUACUCCCGCCUGGCCCAGGUGCCGGCCGCCCGGGAGCUGCUCUGCGGCCGCCUGGAGCAGGAGCUGCGCGUGGGGCCGCUGCGGAUGAACCGCGAGGCCGUCCUGCGGACCAGCACCGACCUGCAGAACCUGCAGGUCCUGCACUCGGACAGCAACGCCUUCCAGAUGCAGCGGAGGCCGUACCGGGACCACCCGGUCCACGCCAUCUCCCGGAAUUACUACCCCAUGGUGCAGUCGGCCUACAUCGAGGACAGCGGGAGCAGGCUGGUGCUGGUCUCCGGGCAGGCGCACGGCGUCUCCAGCCAGGGGGACGGAGAGCUGGAGGUGCUGCUCCACCGGCGCCUGUGGAACGAGCUGGAGUUGACCCAGUACUUCAACGUCUCCCUGAAAGAGCCCUCGGUCGCCCGCCCGGAGUUCUGGCUCCUGCUGGGCCCCCCGUCCGUGACCACCCGCCUGCGCCCGCGGGCGGGGCGGGCCCUGCAGCACAGGCCCGUGGUGGUGCUGGGGAGGCUGAGCGAGGCUGACUCCCUGAGCGCCCGCCAGCAAGAGGCCGUGACGCUGCCCCCGAGUCUCCACCUGCAGACCCUGAGCAUCCCCGGCUGGAACUACAGCUCAGACCACGCCGAGCACCUGCAGUACCUCAGGAAAGGCUUCCCCAGGAAGGCCAAGGCCGACCUCCGCCGCGUCCUGCUGCGGCUGCACCACCUGUACGAGACCGGGGAGGACCCGGUGCUGUCUCAGCCGGUGACCGUGAACCUGAAGUCCGUGCUGCGGGGGCUGGGCUCGCUGGUGGCGGUGGAGGAGCGCUCGCUGACGGGGACCUGGAGUGCGGACUCCCUGCGGCGCUGGAGCUGGAGGACGCGCACCCCAGGCGGCGCCCGGCCCAGAGCCUCUCGAGGCCCCGUCGUCACCAUCGGCCCCAAGGAGAUCCGGACCUUCUUCGCCCACUUCCAGCCGCACUGAGUGCUCGCCAAGGCCGAGGGCCAGGGCCUCCGGACCCGGGGACCACGGCGCCCGACGCGCCCGGCCGCGGGGACGGGCGGGCGGCCGGCGGCCGCCUACUCGGCUGUCCGGGACGUGGCCAGUCCCGGUUUCUUAGCUUCUGAAAUAAAAGCUGCAUCAUGAGGACCCGCUUCUUCUC